AUGAAGGGAGAUUUGAAAUGGCUCGCCAGCACGGACGACCCCAAGGAUGGGGGCACGUACCUGGGUCUCGGGUCCACGCAUUAUUUGAAUGUGUUCUGCGAUUCUGGCUGGCGUGGUUCUGAUGACUUUCAUCACAGCCUGGGAUCGCUUGCACACCCGCCUCCCCUGCUUCGCCUCAGUGGUUUCAGCAACCACCUCAUUUGGGAUGAUGUUUUGCAUGUGGCAUGGCGUGGAUUCGCAGCAGACUUUGCGGCGAGCGUGCUGGUGGAUAUGUUUGGCAAGGGCUUGGCGUUGCAAAAAGCUUGUGACAUGGCACGGCACUGGGCCACAUCGAAGGGCCACCAGCUUUCGCUGGACGAGUUCAGUCUCUCGGACGACAAGUUCCCGUCCCUGAACGCGAAAGCGUGGGACGUCAAACUGGUGUGUCUUUGGCUUGUUCCUGGCCAGCAUGGCUUUGUCCUGUUGGUAGGGAUCAUCUCGAAACCUCAUCCUCUAGGAUUUUCUUUUCAGCGUUUUGAUUUCGGUUAG